AUGACGGCCGCCAGUCAGGGCGCGCCGCAGCCGCCGCAGUCACUACUGCUGGCCUUGCCGCGCGAACUGCGUGAUGAGAUCUACAAGCUCACCUUCGAAGAUUUCAUCGUGGACUUGGACGUCAAAAAGGUGGAAGGCCGCAAUGCAGGAUUGGUACGCCGCCGAGCAAUCACAGCUACUGCAACCCCGUCCAUGCUGAUCUUAGCGCUGCAGUGCCUCGCCUCCAAGCAACUCUACACCGAAUCCAGCAAGCUCUACUACGAACACUCCAUCUUCCUCUCUAAAAAUCGAUACGACUGCGUCAAGUGGCUCUCCAAGCUCGCUCCUUCCGCUUGUGCGGCCAUCAAGACGCUCCGAUGCGACUUUGUAUCUCUGCAUCCCGCCGAGAAGCUGGGCAGCCUUGCAGGUUUCGCGUUGGGUCUAGCAAGUGAGAUAGUGGCAUUCCAAGGCCGUAUCGAGCGCGUUCCCCUACCGUUCUCCAUGGAGGCUGUUUAG